CUUUAUCAUUAAACACACAUAAAUAUAUAAAAUGAUAAGAGCCCAACGGCUACUAUUUUAUAUUUUGUUUAUAGCAUUCUUUGCAUUCUUUUCUAUAAGUGUAUUCCCUCGACUCAAGCCAACGUCAUCACCUGUCAUCAACCCACCUUAUGCACCACAACAACCUCCAUCUGCUCAUUCUUCUCCACCAAGAAAAGCUGAUCCUAACGAAGAAAAGUACCUGUCAUGGUUCCCACAUAGGUAAUCACACAUACAUGUACUGUUCAACUCUAGAUUAUCAAGCUGACCAUUCUAAUAGCGAUUUCCCUGAACAACAAGAGUGUUUCCGAAACGGUAUCCGACUUGCUCUAGAGACAAACCGUACGAUCAUUGCACCCAUGCUCAGAAUCAACAAAUCAUACCCUUGGAUGCCAUUUGAAGACCUUGCCAAGCGAUACGAAGCUCAAGACAAGAAGAUACUUCGCAGUCUUUGCAGUAGCAAUCAACGCAACUGGAGAACCGAGCUAGAACCCUGUGAAACGAUAAACGAAUGGACAGAGAUACCAUGGUCGAGUAUUAUGGAUUUGGAAGCUAUCAAGCGAGAUUACGGGGUUCGCAUCAUCGAACGUACUCAAGGACAUGGCUGGGGUGUACAUGAAUCCGCUUUACCCGAAGGCAGUGUUCGACCUGAGGAUGUAGCUGUUAUCGAUGUCAUGACUUUCAAGGAGAACGGAACCGAUUGGGAACACGUCGAUCCUGCGAUGGAAGCACUCAAGAAAAAGAGCGACGGAUCUGUGUAUCGUUGGGUACAAAACCACUUUUUAAGUAAACAACAAAAUGAUGAAAAGCCCAAAGAACCCUUCAAGUUUGUGCUCUAUGACAACCAGCUACGAGCCAUCAACGCCAAAGUGAUUCAGUUUGGCGCAUUGAGUUCAGCUGCUCGCUAUACAACGCCUCCUACAGAAAUCCAGAUGAGUUUACGAAAAGCAAUGAUGAAGACGCAUUUUAAUGUUCCCGAUCAGAUGCAAAAGAUGACGGAGCAAGCCAAUAAGAUUGUAAGCGCGCUUGGCGGCGGAUUUGAAUACAGCACAUUGAUCUUGAACCUUGCUAAACUUGUUGCCUUGGAUGCUCGUGCUGGUACGAUCCAACACUUGGAUGUUGACGGCAAAGCGCCUCAAAGUGACAUGACUGCACCUAAAAGCAUGAACGAGCUCAGUAAACAGGCCAAGAAGGAUCUUAUGGAUGCUCUUGUCUUGGAGAUCUUUGGUGAUAUUCCCAUUAACCAAGCCGUAUCAGCAGCCAUGCCCAUCAAACGCUCAAAGCUAUCAGAAUUUUUGGGCAGUGGUCGUCCUUUCCCCAUCACUGACUCUGUUCAAAGACGCGAAUUGUUGGAUGCUUGUGUUGAUUAUCACAAGCAUGUUGAAAGACGUUAUCCGAUUUAUUACUUGAUCUCUGACAUGGACGUUGCUCCCGAAAGUCAACCUGACAUUUUUGGUCCCCUUCUCGACAUGUUUCCCUGUAUCUUUUCUAAACAAGAUAUGCUCAAUUGGGGAAUACAAACAGAGGAUUGGUCAAAGGGACAACCUGGUUUGGUAGAUAGCGUGAAUUACGAAAAACUAUUCCAACCUCUUCUUGAUAUCCUUAUUGCAGGAAAAGGCUACUCAUUUUUCGAGAUUCCAACAACACCUCUCACUCGAUUCCUUAAUUGGAGUCCAAAAGCUUAAAUGCAUUCUGCAAUCAUGACAUUAUUCUUGAAUCCCCGAUAGAAAAUAAAAAACAAAGGGUUUUACUGUGCUUUAUGAUGUCAUGAUUAUAUCAAUUGUCUAUUAUGCUAUUUCUUGUAUAAAAG